AUGGCUACAUCUGAUGAACUUGCAGCUCUUCAAUUCAUCAGGAAACAUCUUUUCGACGAAUUCGACGACUCGCCAAUCGACCAAAACUUCACCGAUUUCACCUCUAACGAUCACUGCAUUAGCUGCAACUCAAUUUCAACCUCAGUUUGUGAAUCCACAGGCUCAACCAGCUCUACUUUUUCAGACAAUAGUCAAAAUUUUACUAUGGAAGUUCCUGAAGUUGAAAUAAUUGAUAUGCUAACAACAACUUCAAAAAAAUUACCUGUUGAAAGAAGGAGAUAUAGAGGGGUGAGACAGAGGCCGUGGGGGAAGUAUGCGGCGGAGAUACGCGAUCCAAGGCGUCGUGGAUCGCGGGUUUGGUUAGGUACGUUUGAUAGUGCGGUUGAAGCUGCUGAAGCGUACGAUAAAGCUGCGUUUGCGAUGCGAGGUAGUAAGGCUAUUCUUAAUUUUCCACUUAAGGUUGCGGUUUCGAAGAAGAUGAUGGUGGAUGAUGAUGAUCCGGUGACGCUGUCGUCGUCAACUUGGACGGCCGUUUGGAAAUAA